AUGAAACUAUACUUAUCAAUCAUAUUAAACACCAUUGAACAAAUAGAGAACCAAAAAUUACAACAAAUACUAAAGAUCCAACAAAAACAACAAAAACAACAAACAAUACAAGUAAAAGAGGAAGACGAAGCAGAGUUGUUUCGAUUCAUAAAUAAUCCAACUUAUGAUAGUUAUGAACAACAAGUAAAAGCUUCAAAUGUUACAUAUUUAAAGAUUAAGAGUAUCUAUGAACGAAAUAUAUCUCUCAAUAAUCAUACUUCAGAGUUUAAAAAGCAAUACAAACAAAUUAUUGGUUGGUUUAUUUCAUCAUUGACAAACUAUGAUCAUAGUCCUCGUCCAACCCAUACCGAAUUAAAUGAUUUACUUUUAUCAAUCAUUCCAUUAUUAUUUGAUUUUAAUUUUGAUCAAUAUAUAACCAUUUCAAAUUUAAAAGGUAAUGAAUGUACCAUAUCAACUGAACAACGGUUCUCACAAUUAAUGUUAAUGGCAUCUGAAGAUGAUAGAAAGAAUGAACUUAUGAUUUAUCAUUUGUCAAUGAUACAAAGUCCAAAUUCACCAAUCAUUCAACAAUAUGCAAAAUUAAUAUUAAAAAAUGUAAAAUCAAAGAAAUUAUAUUCAAUUAUUCAUAGACAUUUGGAUGCCUUUAUAAAAGAAGGACAUGUAAAAGAUGAAAUUAUUUAUUUGUAUUUGGUUCAAAAAGGAUUUAUUUACAAGAAUCGACAUUUUUAUUCUAUUUGCAACACUAUCAUCUAUCACAUUUGUAAAGAUGCAUAUACACAAAAAGAAGAAUAUUCUUCUUUUCAACGUAAACAAACGAUUGUACAACUCAUAGAUUUGGCAAUAGAGGCAAAAGACGUGCAUAUGCUCAAUAUCAUAUUCAAACAUAUUAAAAUGGAUACUCAUUCUUUUCCAAAACCAGUGGUCGCCUCCAACUUUAUACUUUGUGCCGAUCAAUUAAACCAAUACGCAAUUUCAUUCAAAUCGCUUUUUAGUGACAAUGUCGACAUUAUCGUUUCAAUUAGCUAUUUGAUCGAGUUUGUACAAUUAAACCACUCCAAUUAUCAUUUUGGCUUUUUAUCCUCCUUUUCUUCAUCCCCUACCUCUACAUUGAAUGAAAAACUGUUACGAUGGGUAUUUGAUUUAAUUACCAUUGGAAAAAAGGAAAUUAAAUUGCAAGAGAGAAUCAUUACCAAAAUAGAUACGAUUAGAUCAUCACCACUAGUGUAUCAAAGUUUAUUCAAGAUUCAUGGACAUUUGGAGAGUAAGGCUAAAAAGUUUGAUCAAGAAGCAUUUCCUCUAUUUUUGGAGGCAUUUAGACAUUUGGCCACCUGCUGCAUAUCCACUCUACCAUUUACCAAGGUGCAUUUAAAGCAACUCCAAAAGGUACUUGGAUCAAAUUACCGUCACUUUUUAGACUAUGAUGACGAACGUCCAGAGUUGGAACGAGAGCUUGUCAGACUGGCCCACAAUCUCUUUUCAAACCACCGAUUCUUUAGAUGGAAGGGUAAACUAAAGGAAGAGUUUGGCGAUUGGAUGCAAAGUUCAUUGCGUAUGGGGUUGCAUCACCUUUUGGGACACAUCACAACCACCAAGAAUGUUGAAUACAUCUUUGACAUGUUACACUAUCACUACUCUGAGGGUGGUCGUAUUGGACAAGAUUGUAUGAGACUCGAGGAUGCAGUCCAAUUAAUCAACUGUCACUAUCAAUUCCAUCACAAUGAAAUGAUCGAUUUGGAAAAGACUGGAGCGUGGAGAACAGCUGACUUUUCCGUGCUAUUAGAAGCCAUCAUGUCAACAUGCAACAUACCUACACUCAGACACUACCUGUUUACCUAUCCAGAUGAUUUCUUCCGUAUCGGCAACUGGGAGAGUAUCUAUUAUCGACUAUCAGAUGACACACUCGAUGACAUUGAAAGACAUAUUACCGCCACUCAAAAUACCAAACUAUUCAAACUCCUACCAGAAGGGAAAAUACCAGCGAUUAAUAAUAAUAACAAUACUACUGCAACAACAUUGAACUUGCCAAACUAUUUAUUCUCUAAAAUAGUUGAUUUAUUAUUUCAAGAUAUUGAAUGUUCAAAUCAAUGGAUUGUAAGAUCACUCGCACAAGUAUCCAAAUACUUUUUCAAGAUGGUAUCAUAUCGUAACGACGGUGCAACAAACAAAUAUAGAUCCAUUCUAUAUGAUAAGUUUAUGGGUUCUGGUACUGAUGGUCAGAGUCCAAUGUCUUUGGUUCAAACAAGUCAAAUCAAAUCACUCAAAGGUCAAGGCUUUGUAGAACUCACGAAGAAAGAAGUUAUGCCUAGUUUGGAGCGACUUUUACUUUUAGAGUAUCGAGGUCUUAGAAAACAUUUCCUUCCAAAACAUUUUCCAAAACUCCAAGACCUUUAUAUUCAAAUUCAUCCAUUCCACAACAUUCUUUCAUUCGACACCAUUUUCAACAACGAGGAGUGUACCACCUUGGAAACUUUAACAUUGACUUUUAAAAACACACCUAUCUAUCCUCCCGAAAUAUUCAAUUUCAUCAAAAGCUAUAUAGAUUCUUGUCCAAAUCUAAAAAGAUUGACAAUCAAUUCAUUCUAUUAUCAUAUUGAUUAUUUAGAUUUAUUAUUUAAUUAUUUAAAAUCUAAAAAUAUUAAAUUUAAUUCUAAAAACAAUAUUAAUAAUUGUAAUAAUCCAAAUGGAGAAAGGGAAAUAAUAAUAGAAUAUAGAGAUUAUGUAUCACAAUCCUAUUUAAUUUCACAAAACGCUAGUGGAUUUGAAAAAUACCUAAGGUAUUGUUCAAAUUUGCAUAUGAAUGCAAGCACCGAUUUUAAAGUGAUUGCAAACAAUCAACUCUUCCACUCGAUCACUACUCUAUCGUAUCGUCUAUCAAAAGUCAAUACAAAGUUUACAGAACAGAUUGCAGAUCAAGAUCGUUUCAAAUCAAUUCAAACCCUUACAUUGGGUAUUGGAAACAAAGAUACCGUUCUUACAUUGGAUAUGGUAGAAUUGUUGGCAAAGUUUGGAGCACUUAAAAGACUAAAAAUCAAGUUUGUCAUGUUCAAACCCUAUGAUUUCCAUGAUGCACAUUUAAUGGCUGGAGAAAUGGAUGAAUUAUUUAAAAAUGUAUUCCUUCUCAUCAACAAGAGCAAUACUAUUGAAACAAUGACUGUUCACUAUCAUCGAUCCAAAACAAUACCAAUAUUUGUCAACCUUGAUAAAUACACUAAUGAUUUUGGUUCCUUUAUUCCUAAUCUUUCUUAUACUCUUUUCCGUAGAAAAGAAAAGGUGGAAAUGGAAAAGGAAAAGGAAAUUGAAAUUGUACAACAAUAA